UUGGUGGAUGUCUUGGAGCACAAGUUACGACAUAAGCGAGAUCCUGGCAGCCCUCAUGGAUAUGGCUUCUCCUUCAGAACUGGAGGUUGCAGCACGUGUGGAGGAGGCGGCUUCCAAGGAGGAGGAGGAGGAGGGGGAGGAAGCAAUGGGGGAGCAGGCUAUGGAUACGGAGGUAGUGGGGGAGGCGGCCAUGGAUGGAGAGCUGGUGGUUCAGGAGCAGAUUUCAUAAACACAUUAGGCGGAUUUGUAGCAGGUGGUCUUGGUGGAGGUGGUUUUGGUGGAGGUCUUGGUGGAGGUGGUGGUGGUGGAUGCGGUGGAGGAGGAGGAGGGUGUUCCGGUGGAGGUGGUGGAGGAAUAGGUGGUGGUGGUGGCGGAUGUGGUGGAGGAGGGUGUUCCGGCGGAGGAGGACCUGGAAGCAGCGGUUAUGGAGGUUCUGGAUCAAGAGCGUCCAGCAGCAGCAGUUCAUGGAGUAAUGCCGGAGCAUAUGGCAGUGCCGGAGCGAGCAGUAGCAGCAGUGCAUCGUCAGCAGCCAGCGGGGGCUCCUACGGCGGCUGUGGGUCAGGCUGCAGAGGUCGACGGUCAGUGGCGGGAAGAACCAGAAGGGAAGUCAAGAAGUUUGGCAGCGGUUCUGCUAGUGGAUCGUUUUCCUUCAGCGCGUCUGGAGGAUCUGGAUCAGCCAGUGGUUCUGAAAGUGCUUCUGGGUCACACUCGGGCUCCGGGUCUGGAUCCUUUAGUGGUUCGGGAGCCUUCGGUGGUUCUGGAGGAGGAUCAGGAAGUGGUUCUGGAUCCUUCAGUGGUUCUGGAGGAGGAUCAGGAAGUGGUUCUGGAUCUAUCAGCGGUUCGUGGGGUGGAUCUGGCCACGGAACAGGUGGUGGAUCAGGUCACGGAACAGGUGGAGGAUCAGGUGGUGGAUCUGGGCAUGGAACAGGUGGUGGAUCAGGUCAUGGAAUAGGUGGAGGGUCAGGAGGUGGAUCUGGGCAUGGAACAGGUGGUGGAUCGAGUCAUGGAAUAGGUGGUGGGUCAGGUGGCGGAUCUGGCCAUGGAACAGGUGGUGGAUCUGGGCAUGGAACAGGUGGUGGAUCAGGUCAUGGAACAGGUGGAGGGUCAGGAGGUGGAUCUGGGCAUGGAACAGGUGGUGGAUCAGGUCAUGGAAUAGGUGGUGGGUCAGGUGGCGGAUCUGGCCAUGGAACAGGUGGUGGAUCUGGCCAUGGAACAGGUGGAGGAUCUGGCCAUGGAACAGGUGGUGGAUCUGGCCAUGGAACAGGUGGAGGAUCUGGCCAUGGAACAGGUGGUGGAUCUGGCCAUGGAACAGGUGGUGGAUCAGGUCACGGAACAGGUGGUGGAUCUGGCCAUGGAACAGGUGGUGGAUCUGGCCAUGGAACAGGUGGUGGAUCUGGCCAUGGAACAGGUGGUGGAUCUGGCCAUGGAACAGGUGGUGGAUCUGGCCAUGGAACAGGUGGUGGAUCUGGGCAUGGAAUAGGUGGUGGAUCUAGCCACGGAACAGGUGGUGGAUCGGGUGGCGGAUUCGGUGGUGGAUCGGGUGGCGGAUUCGGUGGUGGAUCGGGUGGCGGAUUCGGUGGUGGAUCGGGUGGCGGAUUCGGUGGUGGAUCGGGUGGCGGAUUCGGUGGUGGAUCGGGUGGCGGAUUCGGUGGUGGAUCGGGUGGCGGAUUCGGUGGUGGAUCGGGUGGCGGAUUCGGCGGUGGAUCGGGUGGUGGAUCAGGAAGCGGGUUAGGUGGGUCGGUGGGCGGGGGCGGCGGGGGUGGCGGCGGCUGGUCUGGAGGCGGCGGGCAACAGGCCGGAGGCAGCGGGGGCGGCUACGGGGGCGGCGACGGCUCCUGGGCUACAGGCGAGGCCUACACUGGCGGACAGUCAGGGGUGAAGGGUGUGAGGGUGGGUGUCAAAGGUGACGGCCGGAAAAGUGUUAGCGUGGCUGUGAAGAGCAGUGAUCAGGUGUAG